AUGGCGCCUCUCGUCAAGACGGCCGUUGCCGCCGCCCUCGUUGGCAUCGCUUCUGCGGCCACCAUCACUCACGACUUCAACAUCACCUGGGUCACUGCCAAUCCCGAUGGCGCCUUCCCUCGUCCCGUCAUUGGUAUCAACAACCAAUGGCCCAUUCCCCGGCUCGAGGUCGACAUUGGCGACCGCCUCGUCCUCAAUGUCAACAACCAGCUCGGCAACCAGUCCACCUCGCUGCAUUUCCACGGCCUCUUCAUGAACGGCUCGUCGCUCAUGGACGGCCCGACCGGAGUCACCCAGUGUCCUAUCCCGCCAGGUUCUACCUUCACAUACAACUUCACCGUCGACCAGCCCGGCACCUACUGGUACCACUCGCACACCAAUGCCCAGUAUCCUGAUGGCCUGCGCGGCCCGCUCAUUGUCAACGACAAGGACUUUCCCUACAAGGACCAGGUCGACGAGGAGCGUGUUCUGACUCUGUCCGACUGGUACCAUGACCAGAUGCAGGAUAUGAUCCCCACGUUCCUCUCCAAGGGCAACCCGACUGGUGCUGAGCCCGUCCCCAAUGCCGCGCUCAUGAAUGAGACUCAGAACCUGACCCUGCCUGUCCAGCCCGGCAAGACGUACAUGUUCCGCGUCAUCAACAUUGGCGCAUUCGCCGGACAGUAUCUCUGGAUUGAGGGCCAUACCAUGCAGAUUGUCGAGGUCGACGGUGUCUACACCAAGACUGCGCCGGCUGAGAGGGUCUACAUUUCUGCCGCUCAGCGCGUCAGCUUCCUUCUGACCACCAAGAACGAUACUUCUGCCAACUUUCCCAUUGUUGCAUCCAUGGACACUACCCUCUUUGACACUCUGCCCGACGACCUCAACUACAACUCUACUGGUUGGCUCAGCUACGACGACAGCAAGCCCAAGCCAGAGCCCAAGAUUGUCUAUGACUUUGAUGCUUUCGAUGACAUGACGCUCGAGCCCUACGACGAGAUGAAGUUGCUCCCCGAGCCUCAGAAGACGGUCGAGCUCGACGUCGUCAUGGACAACCUCGGCGACGGCGCCAACUAUGCCUUCUUCAACAACAUCACCUACAAGGGCCCCAAGGUCCCGACCCUCUACAGCGUCCUGUCCAGCGGCGACCAGGCCACCAAUCCCACCGUCUACGGCGAGUUCACCCAUCCCUUUGUCCUCGAAAAGGACGAGAUUGUCCAGAUCGUCGUCAACAACCUCGACACGGGCCGCCACCCCUUCCAUCUCCACGGCCACCACUUCCAGGCCAUCCAUCGCUCCGCCGAGGAGGCUGGAACCCUAGCCACCGAGAACCUGACCGAGUCGCAGUUUAGCCAGGUGCCCAUGCGUCGCGACACCCUCGUGGUGUGGCCCAACGGUAACAUUGUGCUGCGUUUCAAGGCAAACAACCCGGGCGUCUGGCUGUUCCACUGUCACAUUGAGUGGCACGUCGUCUCCGGCCUGUUGGCCACCUUUGUCGAGGCCCCACUGGAGCUGCAGAAGCAGUUUACCAUUCCCCAGAACCACCUGGAUAACUGCGCAGCGGCGGGCAUGGCCACACAGGGCAACGCGGCCGCCAACACCAAGGAUCUGCUGGAUCUGACGGGCGAGCCCGCUCCUCCACGUCCUCUGCCUGCUGGAUUCACCACGCGCGGCAUUGUUGCUUUCGUUUUCAGCUGCAUCACCGGUGUAUUGGGUGUCCUGGUCGUUGCGUGGUACGGCAUGUCUGCACCCACUAAGACGGCGCACGAUCAUGAGCCACUUGUUGGACAGUCCAACGGCACCCCGGAGGUGCGUGAAGCGACGACCGAUGCAGGCGCCGCUGGCGAGACGACAUCGGCGGCUGCAGGCACCAAUGCGGCUGCGCCCAGGUCAAGUUGA